CCGCCGUUCACUUUCCUGUGGAGGCUCCGAUGCACCCCCUCGUGAUGGCCGACGCAUCCAAUAUAGCCGUUACCUUUCCUCCCGCCUCCAUUUAAAACAAAAAACCUUGGUAAAUGAGGCAGCUCCGUUGGCGCCACUACACCUCCUAUUCCCACCUCAAUCCAAACCCAUCAUCUCCUUCUCAUUCUGCCCCUCGAUCCGAAAUCCUCCGCCUCUGCGAGUCCGGCUCCCUCUCCCAAGCCCUCUCCCUCCUCAACUCCGCCGACCCCGACCGCCUCCCCCCGAAACCCAUCCUCUACGCCGCCCUCCUCCAGGCCUGCACCACCUCCUCCUCCUUCUCCCAAGGCCUCCAGCUCCACUCCCGCGUCCUCAAGUCCGGCCUUGACAACGACCGCUUCGUCGGCAACAGCCUCCUCUCCUUCUACUUCAAGGUCAGCCCCGACUUCUCCCUCACCCGCCGCGUGUUCGAGAGUUUGCCCCUUAAAGAUGUCAUCUCCUGGACCUCCAUGGUCUCCGGCUAUAUUCGUGCAGGGAGACCCACCGAGUCGCUCCUAAUGUUUGGAAAGAUGCAAGCUUUUGGGAUCGAGCCGAAUGCAUUCACUCUCUCUGCUGCAAUCAAGGCAUGUUCCGAUCUCAAAGACAUAAAGAUCGGUAGUUGCUUCCAUGCAAUGGUUUUGUUGCGUGGUUUCGAUUUGAAUCAUGUGAUUGCUAGUGCUCUUGUUGAUAUGUAUGGUAAAAAUUUUGGAUUGGAAGAUGCAUGGCGCGUGUUUGGUGAGACGAUCGAGCCCGAUGCUAUCUGUUGGACUUCGAUAAUCUCGGCCUGCACGAGGAAUGAUAGGUUUGAGGAGGCAGUGGGGCUUUUCCACUCGAUGAUGAGGAGAAAGCUUGGGUUGUUUCCUGAUGAAUUUACUUUCGGGACCAUCAUGACUGCUCUGGGUAAUCUGGGUAGGGCGAGACAGGGAAGGGAAGCUCAUGCUAAGUUUAUCACAAGUGGGCUUGGAGGGAAUGUGGUGGUGGAGAGCAGCACGGUCGACAUGUAUGCCAAGUGCGGGCUCAUGGAAGAGUCUCGCAAGGUCUUUGACCGGAUGCCCACAAAGAAUGCUGUCUCUUGGUGUGCCCUGCUUGGAGGGUACUGCCAGAGUGGUGACUAUGAGACUGUCCUCGCUCAAUUCCGGGAGAUGGAUACAGAAGAGAAUCAUUAUAGUUUUGGCACAAUUCUUCGGGCAUGUGCUGGCCUUUCAGCUGUGAGACAGGGGAAACAGGUCCAUUGUCGGUUCCUGAGGACAGGAGGUUGGACGGAUGUCGUUGUGGAGUCUGCACUUGUUGAUCUUUAUGCAAAAUCUGGUCUUAUAGAUUAUGCAUAUAGAGUUUUUACUAAAAUCUCUGUGAGAAAUUUGAUAACAUGGAAUGCCAUGAUAUGUGGUUUUGCUCAGAAUGGUCAAGGUCGGGAAGCUAUCAGGUUGUUCAAUGAGAUGGUUAGGGAAUGGACUAGGCCUGACUAUAUUAGUUUCGUAGGUGUGCUAUUUGCUUGUAGUCAUACUGGUUUGGUCGAAGAAGGGAGGAGUUACUUUAAAUCAAUGGGUGAAGAUUACGGUAUUGCUGCUGGAAUCGAGCAUUACAGUUGCAUGGUUGAUCUUCUCAGCAGGGUUGGUCUACUCGAGGAAGCUGAAGAUUUAAUAAACAUGGCUGUGUAUAGAGAUGAUUCGUCACUGUGGGCUGCUCUUUUAGGUGCCUGUGCCACCCAUUCAAACCCAGAUGUAGCAGAGCGUGUCGCAAAGAGAAUGAUGGAAUUGGAACCAGGGUACCAUUUGAGCUAUGUUCUUCUUGCUAAUGUCUACAAGACGGUUGGUCGAUGGGACAAUGCUUUGAAGAUAAGGAGGUUGAUGAGAAAAAGGGGUGUAAGGAAGGAACCAGGUAAGAGCUGGAUUGAAGUAAAGCGUAACACCAGUUCUUACAUUGGCGGUACUGUUUUGGUCAAGAAUGAAUCUGAAGAUCUUGAAGAUCUAGAUUUGGAUGAGGAAAGUGCAAAUUCCUUUUGACACUUUUUUGAGUUCUGGAUUCUAAUAUUUAUUAGAUGUAAUGCUAGUGAUACUGAUAAACAGAAAAAUAUUGAAGCAAUUAAAGUAUAUGUAACUUCAUUCAUAUUUGUUCAAUUGUCAAAUUUGCAUCAGGUUUUUGAUUCAACGAGUU